UGUGUGUUUUCGAUUUCCGUGUCCAGCAAGUAUCCAUUGAUCGGAGGUUUCUUAACCCACGGGCAAUAGAUAUCCCUCUGUUAGUUCUGCCUCACUUCCUUCACCUUCAAUCUUGAUUCUAAUGGCUUCUUUUUAAGCUAUCUUAUCGGCCUUUUAACAAGACACCUCCUCAAGUUCCAUUUCUGUUAUAGAUCGAUAAAAUCAGACAUGGCUCAUGAAUUGAUGGCCGUUACACCACCACCUCCACCGCCGCCGACCUCCCUUGCACCUGGAUUUCGCUUUCACCCCACAGAUGAGGAGCUUGUGAUGUAUUACUUGAGGCGGAAAGCCUGUGGGAAGCCCUUCCGAUUUCAGGCCGUGUCGGAGAUCGAUGUUUACAAAUCUGAACCCUGGGAACUUGCCGACUUUUCACCAUUGAAGACAAGAGAUCUAGAAUGGUACUUCUUUAGCCCUGUAGAUAGGAAGUACGGCAAUGGUUCACGGUUGAACCGCGCCACCGGGAAAGGGUAUUGGAAGGCCACUGGAAAAGACCGAUCUGUGCGCCAUAAGUCGGAGACCAUAGGAAUGAAGAAAACACUUGUGUUCCAUAGUGGUCGAGCCCCUGACGGCAAGCGGACUAAUUGGGUUAUGCACGAAUAUCGGCUUUUGGAUCAAGAAUUGGUGCGUGCCGGAGUAGCACAGGACUCGUUUGUGCUAUGCAGGAUUUUUCAAAAGAGCGGGUUAGGGCCGCCAAACGGGGACCGUUAUGCGCCAUUUCUUGAGGAAGAAUGGACCGAUGAUGCAGCCCUCUUGGUUCCCGGUGGUGAAGCCGAUGAUGAUUUGGCCAACGGUGACGAGACUCGUGCCGAAGGAAAUGACAUUGUGCAGGAAACUUCUGCCAAGAAGAUCCUUGAUCAAAGCGAGGAUCCUCAAACCAUCCCAUUUGUCUGCAAGCGAGAAAGAUCCGAAGACCGUGCUCUGAAUUGUGAACCUGAGCUUGAAACGUUCUCUUUGUUCCACAACAAAAGAUCGAAGCCAAGCGAUCCAAACUCCGGCAAUGCAAACGGUUCAGAAGAUUCGACCACAACGAGCCAAGAUUCAAGAAGAGCGUUGUUGGAGUUCCCGCUACUGGAAUCCAUUGAAGCCCGAGAAAGUCAGCCGCCAGCCAGACUGCCAUCGUUUGAUGCUGCCACCCUCGAGAAAUCAGUGCCGCCAGGCUAUUUGAAGUUCAUAAGCAACUUGGAGAACGAGAUUCUUAAUGUUUCGAUGGAGAAAGAGACUUUGAAGAUUGAAGUGAUGCGAGCCCAGGCGAUGAUCAACAUUCUUCAGUCGCGAAUCGAGCUUUUGAGCAAGGAGAACAAUGGGUUCAGGACUGGUGGCUAGUUAUCAUCUGUAACUUUGUAGCCUUCUUUUCUAGUUCUGUAGUUUGUUGUUUAUCUGGAAAAAAACUGUUGGCCUGGCUAAUGAUACUGGCUUGUGCCAUCGAGUCUAGUCGAAUAAAGUUGUGUAUCGAGACUGGUUCUAUUGUAUUCGGCUUCUUUAUUCUGUUUCC